AUGAACUCUAAAAGGAAGCUCCCAUCUACUGGAGAUUCAAUGGAGCCUCAAAGAAAGAAAGUUUGUACAGAACUAGCUGUAAUUAAUCUUUGCGAAGAAUAUGAUGUAACAGAAAAUGAGAAACGCAUAUUUGAAAAGGCCAAGGCCAAUCAACUUGUGUCCGCACUUAUUGGUGUUGCCGCUCUUACAGCCCAACGCAAAAAUGGCAAUUAUAACUAUAGUGGAGACACUGUGAUUUUCACCCUUUCCCUAUGCCAUGUUGCUGGGACCGACACACGUCCCCACUCACUCUUCAAUGAUAUCUUGAUGGGAUACAAUUUCAAAUUUCCAGGGAAUUGCACCUUUGGUUUUACUUUGGAAAUACCUGACAAGAGGAAAUUGGAUGCAAUGAUUACAAAAUUACUCCAGUACCAAGUGGCAGUCAAUAGGGAAAAAAACCGAGUCUAUCGCACCAUUGACGGGCUCCUCCAGCCAAACACAACAUCCAAAAAAUCAACAACAAAGGCACUGAAGCAGUCCGCUUGGGAGAGAUUGAUACUAAUCUCAACAAUUUACCACGCCCUCCAAUAUGCAAUUGACGUUCACAGGGAACAGAGCAAAAUGAAAGAUUCGAAUAUCUGUUACUUUGCCUUUCGGUUGACUAUUGAUUGCAAGACAAAUAUAGAGUUGUUCCGAAAAGCUAGACAUUUUCUCCUAUGUCUGGGUCCAAAGAAAGAAGACUGUCAUCCAAAGUUGACAGCCAUUCUUGACAAUCUUUCUUUUGAACCGCAAGACACUGCGGGUCCAAAGCAGUUCUCCAUUUUCCUGAGUGACAGUGGACUUGGCAAACAGCUUCAGCUCGAAGAAUACAAUAAGGUUUUGUCCCAUUUCCGUUUCUUUCAUGAUAUUGCUGUGAAUCGGCCUGGGAAAAAGAAACGACCCCUUUUGUUUACCAAAAAGAAUAUAAGCAACAAUAACAAACAUAAGUCAAUGCGGCUUACUCAAUGGUUAGCCACCUUAUCAGUUGGGCUGUACAUGUCCUACUUCGAGCACAAGAGUAUUGCAGACUCCCGCAGGUUGAAGAACAGCAUCGUCCAUGGACUUUUCUCGCCCAAAGAUGACUUAGCACAUCACUGUGACAGCAAGCCCGCCCCCGCCGCACCUCUAGAGGAUGAGGUGAACCAGAAACAGGGCGCCAAGAACGAGUCUGCGGCAGCACCAGAAUCUCCAGACAACAAAUCUGCAGCAAAAAACGAUGGAUUGGAACCAGGUUUAAAAAAAAAGCCUCCAUUGCCUGCUCCGGACUGGAGAAUUGUAACAGCAAAAGAAUGGACACUGCAUCAAGACCAUCAUGGAAUUGAAUGCUAUCUUGCAAUUACCACGAGGACGAGGAAUCUAAGAUUGGAACUGGCUUUUGCUGAAGUAUACUCUGGCUCCUACUUUUGUGUUUCGGAACACAUGAGAGCUGUCAAGUGUGCAACGAUGAAGAAGGAUGGUACAGAAGGAAUGAUGGAUCGGUCAAAGCCGCUAACCAAGUUUUUCUCUGAGGUACCACAGCUGAUAGACCAUCUGGAUGAGCUCCACUUUUCCCGUCCGGAAUCUGAAGUUUGGAAUGCUGUUGGCAACUUCCCGGUUUGGAAUGCUAUGUUACCGAAUGGUGCUUGUACUCCCCAAUUAGACCUGUCGCUCCUAGUGAACACAACCAUGUGCAUCAACGAGACACGAGUGGUGGUGGGGAGGACCCAAAGUAAAUCCACCACAUCACGUUCAUUUGAUGAAAAGAUGAUCCAAAUACCGUUUGGUUUCUCCAGUUAUGGAAAUCCAUGUGGCUUUGCACUGCUGGAAAGGUGCAAGAAGCUUAAGCAGUCGCAAAAGGACCUGUACCUAUACAUGCUUGGUAUUGUCUCAGACUUCAUCUUUCGAACCAUGCAACACUUCCAGGCCCAGGCUGACCUUCCAGCACUCUGUCCAGAUACAGUCCGUGAUUCCAUAUACGCGAGACGUGUUCGCAAGUGGUUGAAGCUCCCUUACGAAUCUAAGAUGGGAGCAGAAAUCGUUUUAGCCGUGCUUGUACCUCUUGGCCCAAAGCCAAAGGACAUUCCAAGAAACAAAAAGCACAUUGACAAAAGCAACCCCGACGACCCCCUCUAUGGUAAGACUGGUUGUUACUCUCAGGUUGUUACCACUAAUGGCAAGGAAAUGUACCUAUUUCAAGUGAUAAUAGCAUGGAGGAAAUGGAUUUCCAACAAGUGCCCAGACAAACACAAACUACUGCCACUCUCUUGGAAAGAAUAUGAAAGUGGCAGUGGCAAUAUCACCAACUACGAGGACAGCCAACCCAACGGUGGCCCAAUGAAUACAUACAAGGGCACUCAAGAAGACAGCAAGAUCGACGAAGUUGGGUGUUACGACGAUGGUGACGAAAAAAGUAGCAGUGAAGAUGAAGAUGAAAGCCAAGAUGAUGGAAGCAUGCCGGACAACGGCAAAAGCAGCAAGCGCAAUGAAGAAGGUGAUGAAGAUGAAAUUGCACCUCCAACAUUUACUGGGACUGAGUUACUCUCCUCAAUUGUUCAAGGGACUCAAGCGGAAAGCACAACAAGGGUUCGCUCCUCAACAACCAGAGUUCGCAAUAUCACUAACGACAAAGACAGCAAGCCCAAAGGUGGCCAAAUGAAUACAUACAAGGGCACUCAAGAAGACAGCAAGAUCGACAAAGUCGGGUGUUACAACGAUGGUGACGAAAAAAGUAGCUGUGAAGAUGAAGAUGAAAGCCAAGAUGAUGGAAACGUGCCGGACAACGGCAAAAGCAGCAGGCGAAAUGAAGAAGGUGACGAAAAAAGUAGCAGUGAAGAUGAAGAUGAAAGCCAAGAUGAUGGAAGCAUGCCGGACAACGGCAAAAGCAGCAGGCGCAAUGAAGAAGGUGAUGAAGAUGAAAUUGCACCUCCAACAUUUACUGGGACUGAGUUACUCUCCUCAAUUGUUCAAGGGACUCAAGCGGAAAGCACAACAAGGGUUCGCUCCUCAACAACCAGAGUUCGCAAUAUCACUAACGACAAAGACAGCAAGCCCAAAGGUGGCCAAAUGAAUACAUACAAGGGCACUCAAGAAGACAGCAAGAUCGACAAAGUCGGGUGUUACAACGAUGGUGACGAAAAAAGUAGCUGUGAAGAUGAAGAUGAAAGCCAAGAUGAUGGAAACGUGCCGGACAACGGCAAAAGCAGCAGGCGAAAUGAAGAAGGUGACGAAAAAAGUAGCAGUGAAGAUGAAGAUGAAAGCCAAGAUGAUGGAAGCAUGCCGGACAACGGCAAAAGCAGCAGGCGCAAUGAAGAAGGUGAUGAAGAUGAAAUUGCACCUCCAACAUUUACUGGGACUGAGUUACUCUCCUCAAUUGUUCAAGGGACUCAAGCGGAAAGCACAACAAGGGUUCACUCCACACCAAUCACAGUUCACCCGUCACCAACCGAAAUGAUCUUCGAGAAGUUGGUUUUUGGGGGAAUCACCAACUUUGUGUGUAAAAAAGUUCCUCUGGACCUAUUUUUUCCACUUGUCAGACAUUAUGAAUCUAAGGUUUAUCGUGACGAAUUCAUGUUUGGUUGUACUGCCAUUCAACACUAUGACACAACCACUGGAAGACACAGGGAAAGAGCGUACCCACAUGCGGAAUACAUGAUGACACGGGAGAAGCACCCAGAUCUCACUGAGGCUGAGAAUGAUUUCGUUGAUGCAGUGCAUGAGGGGCUCAGAAUGCAUCAUCCCAAUUUUGAAGUCAAUACUUGUGAUUGCGGCGUUAUCCAAACGGUGAAUGGCAUGUAUCAUCAGCCGUCCCACCUUGAUCAUGAAAUGUUUGUGAAACAGGGAAAGGAGGGAAGGGGCCAGGCUUUCAUCGGACACAUGGGCCUAACACCUGAGGGUUGUUUGCUCAGGCUGGAUCUACUAACGGACGAGGCAUGGGCGUACGUAGCAAAAGGGGAGAAGGUUCCACCAGACAUUAGCCUAUGGUCCCAAGUAAGGUUUGUACAUGUCCCGUACGGAUCCUUAUUGUUAAUUGAUGCAAGACAGUUCCAUGGUGGGCACUACGGGUCAGAUGACACACCAAGAUUCCACUGUUUUCUAUCAUCAUUGAACUGGGAAAGCAGAAACGAGACAGAUCACAUUUUUCUCCUUCCCCCACUGACCGAUUCUGGGAUAGUUCCAGCUCCAAAGACCACAUUUUCUGACGUGAAGAAGUUGCUGGCACUGGCUUUGAGAGAAUCAAACUUCUAUGGUAGUUUCAGAGAGAAGUUUGAUAAAAUGUACUGGGAAAAGCAGACUCAACUGAAAUUGGAGCAUGCAGUUCUGCCCAUCUUCAAUGGAAGCACAGGGCAUCUGCAGAAAACAGCUGGGUCACUUCCCAAUUUGAGGACCACCAAUUGUGAGGAUUGUCAUGCCGUCACUGGUCGGGCAGAGUUCCUAGGUACUAUUUACCGUGAUAGGUCGGCAGCUCAUGGCACCUUAGCAGUCCAAGAAGACGAACCAUUUAAUGGUUGCAUGUUCUAUUUCCUUGGCACAGGGGAGAUUCCAGACUUCAUGAAGAAGGGUAGCAUUCCUCCAGCUAUCUGGGAGGAGGUGGAGGUUCAGCCUGAGGACCAGGACAAGGAUGGAAACCAGCAUCACCCUGUUUGUGACAUGUCCAGUAGCAAGCUUAUGAGAACGGUGAUCCAACUGGUCGAGGGAGCUGGGAUCCUUCCCACAGGGGGGCACUACGCAGGGACCCUUCUGCAGUCCACGCAAGAGGAUGGGAUUGGUCAUGGGAGCGUGUCGAUAAUCAAUGGUCAUCCAAAAAGAUUGUGCUGGAUGGAUUGGAUACUCCACAUCCCAAUAGCCGGAAUGUACUGGAUAGCUUAUGGGGUACCAAAAUCGUUUCCGGACGCUCACAUUCCAAAUUCAUUGAGUGAAGACUUGGGUGAGUUCAAUCUUUGGCUAGAUGGGUUGUCCCCACUAGUUAGAGCACAAAUUGUAUCAAAUGUGCUCCAACGUUUCACUCGCUGUCUUGGUUUGGAUUUUGCUGUAGUUAAAUGUCGACCCGGUGUUGCAUUCAUGUUUCCAGCAAUGGCUUGGGAACAUUACUUCAUAGGAGCAGGUUCUGAAGGUCAAAUGUCAACUGUUCUUAUCCAUCCCAUGUCCGAAAACAAAGAGGAAGAACUCAGAACUCGGCAGUCCGAGACAUGGGCAACAAGGUAA